AAACUCGAUUAACAUUAAUCAGAAUCGUAAUUGUCUGAGGUCGAGUGCGUUGGCAGCGACGUUAUUCAAAUGUCUCGAUCGUCCGCUGUUUUCAAGACGGAUAACGGGGAACGCCGGGCCGGACUCUCCACCUCCUCCACACAACAUCACUUUCAGUCAACGGCAGGUCUUUUCAGUAGCAACACGAGAAUCACACAACAACAACAACAAUCUUUUAUUUCCAAAACAAAUCACGAUAACAUGAAAAGAACGCUCCGCUUGUUCCUUGUUCUUUUGGCGUUCGGAAGCGCGCAUCCCCGAAGACCGCACAUCGUCUUCAUCAUGGCCGAUGAUCUGGGUUGGAACGAUGUUGGUUUCCAUGGUUCUGAUGAGAUUCCGACUCCCAACAUCGAUGCCCUUGCCUACUCCGGUCUAAUUCUGAACAACUAUUACGUUGAACCGAUCUGCACGCCUUCGAGGAGUGCCCUUAUGACCGGAAAAUACCCCAUACACACCGGUAUGCAACACACAGUGCUCUACGGCGCUGAACCCAGGGGACUUCCCCUAACCGAGAAACUUCUGCCGGAAUACUUGAAAGAUCUGGGCUACGUGAACAGGAUGGUCGGAAAAUGGCACCUCGGAUCAUACAAACGCGUUUUCACCCCAACCUAUCGCGGUUUCGAUUCCCAUUUGGGUUGCUGGACCGGACAUAUUGAUUACAACGAUCACACCGCGCAGGAGAAACCUGGCUGGGGUUUAGAUAUGAGGAGGAAUCUUGAAGUGGCUUCUGACCUCCACGGAGUCUACGUCACGGAUCUGUACACCAACGAAGCCACGAAAUUGAUAGAAGAGCACAAUAGAACGAAACCGCUUUUCCUGUACUUGGCCCAUAACGCGGUUCAUUCCGGGAAUCCCUACAACCCGCUCGCCGCUCCUGAUGCGUUGGUUGCCAACUUUCUGAACAUCUCUAGCUACGAACGCGGAAAAUUCGCAGCUAUGAUGACCAAAGUGGAUGAGUCCGUGGGGAAGGUGGUAAAGGCUUUGGAGAAGAACGGAAUGCUGGAGGAUAGUGUGAUCAUCUUCUCGAGCGACAACGGCGGUCCUGCAGCAGGAUUUAAUUUAAACGCCGCUUCGAAUUGGCCUUUGAAGGGCGUUAAGAACACGCUCUGGGAGGGCGGUAUACGGGCUGCAGGAUUCCUCUGGAGUCCGCUUCUUGAUAAACCUAAGAGGGUGGCUCAUCAGAUGAUGCACAUCACAGAUUGGUUACCCACAUUGUAUUCUUUGGCAGGCGGAAAUCCCAACGAUUUACAUCGACUUGAUGGUUUUGAUCUUUGGAACGAAUUGUCCAACGAUAGAGAUUCCAAAAGAGAAACUAUACUCCACAACAUUGAUGAUAUUUACGGCAGUUCCUCCAUCGUCACCGGAGAUUGGAAAUUGAUCAAAGGUACAAAUUAUGAGGGUGAAUGGGAUAAUUGGUACGGACCGAGCGGACGUGGAGGUUCAUACGACGUUCGGAAAAUCCAGAAUAGCGAAACAGGGAUAGUUUUGGAAAAAUUGGGGAGAGGUUUAAAUCCAGAGGAAGUGAUGAGAUUACGUUCACAGGCUGAUGUUAAAUGUCCGAAAGUUGCGAAGGAGACGCCUUGCUGGCCUUUGGAAUCACCAUGCCUGUUCUACCUCAAGGACGAUCCGUGCGAGCGCAACAACUUGGCAUUAGAAUAUCCUAACAUCUUGAGACAUCUCCUAUCUAGUUUGGAGCAAUACAACAGGACUGCUUUAUCACCCGGAAAUUUACCGUUAGAUCUUCGAGGAGAUCCGAAAUAUUGGUCGAACGUUUGGACGAACUUCGGAGAUUACAUUUAAGCGAUACUUGUUUUUUGUUUAUAAUUUAUUAGUUCUAAUGUUAUCGAAAAUGUUUAAUAAUAAUAAUAACUGUAUGUUACGGUUGGCUCUCGGAGAUGCAUCUGAAGACAAAAU